AUGCUGAAAAUACCCUUCUCAGAGCUCGCUGGCUCAGAGAGUUUUGUCUCAGUAGCUUCUUCCACAGGAUCUGAUAAGAGUCUGAAUCUUUCCAUACAAUGGUUACAGAACUGCAAUGAAAGCCAUGUUUCCUGCUCACGCAAAGCUACCACGUCCCCACCUUUCCUUCCUACUCGUCUCAUUGAUAUCGGAAUAGAAGAAUCAGCGAUUACUCCACGGCUUUGUUUGAGGAGAGAAAUUCCGUUAAAUUCAGUCUACUUCACUUUAAGUCAUUGUUGGGGGAAAACUGCGCCAAAAACCACGCUUCUUCGGUCAAACAUCGAGUUUAUGCUUCGCGAGAUAAACUUUUCACAACUUCCAAACACCUUCCAGGAAGCAUUAUUAGUUGUCCGGAAGUUAGGAGGUCGAUUUAUCUGGAUUGAUUCGUUAUGUAUUAUUCAAGAUUCCGAGACGGAUUGGUUAGUAGAAUCCGUUAGUAUGUGUGACGUCUAUUCGAAUAGUUACUGCAAUAUCUGUGCCACAGCUGCGAGAGAUGGUAGUGAAAGGAUGUUCCGUGAUAGAGAGCCAUUGCAGAUACAGCAAGGUUGGUUUCAAACAGCUCGCGAUGAGGAUAAUCACUGUAUCAUCGACGACUGCGCAUGGAAAAGAGAGGUGGAAGAUGGAAUAUUAUCCUCAAGGGCUUGGGUCUGCCAAGAACGCCUACUGUCUAGACGAAAUCUUCACUUUGGAUCUAGACAAUUAUUUUGGGAAUGUCUACAUCAUGAGGCUUCCGAAACAUUUCCCAAAGGUGUUCCACAACUAGUGGCUAAAGGCCGCAGUGUGAAAUCCCGGGUCAAAGUACUUGUUCAUGGCAUCGACAAAUGUCGAUCAGGCAUAUCUUUCGAAAGUGGACAAAUCUGGGAGAAAAUUGCUUGCUGCAAUCGGAGGAAUGGCAAACGCAGCGGCUCAACACAUAGGGGGGGGUACUUAGCGGGAGUAUGGGAAGAACACCUGUUAUCUGGUAUUCUUCGGAAUGCUCGAAAUUACCCGGCCGAUCUUUCCACAUUUACUCAAGCUCCCCUGGAGGAGCAAGAAUUUAUCGCCCCCAGCUGGUCUUGGGCCUCUUUCGAUGGAGAAAUAGACUUUCCUCCAAGGAUCUGCAGAAGUAGAGACAUUGAGCAAUUUCCUCAGAUCUUGGAAACGCAUCUAGAUCUAGCAAUUGAUAACCCAUUUGGGAAAGUAUGCGGUGGAUAUAUCAAACUCAAGGGAGAUAUCACUUCCGCUACUUAUUAUCUCGUAAGAUUGACCGGCUGGCGGUAUUGUAACAAUCCUGAGAUUCGCUUCGGACAAGAUGGCAAUGAACGGGAAGGGCUUGGCACAACACUCAUUUUUAGUGACUUUCAAGAUAUGACAGAAAUUGAGCGACAGGAAAUAUGUUUUCUUCCUGUCUGUAGAUUCUUCCUCGGAGAUUGUGGUUGGGAGGUUAGAGGUCUCAUACUGUUCCCCACAAAUAGAGCGAGAUGGGAGUUUCAAAGGUGUGGUAUGUCUAUUUAUGCUACUGGUAAGGACCACGAGGCUCUGAUGUCUGAAUGUAGAUCUUUCAGCCGCGAGCAGAAAAUUGAAUCGUCCGAAUUUGGUCUACAAGAUGACGGAAAAUUCAUUAUCAAGAUCUUUUGA